UCCGCAUAAUAAGAAGGCGGAAUUACUGCGCUGUGACGCAUAUCUGUAGAGUUUCCGGCCAGCUCAGCGCGUCAGUACUGUGGUGUUGUCAUUUUACAGCCUGUCAAACUCUAGUACCAGUUACGUGUAACAUUUCGUGUGCUGUGGAGAAACACUACUAAAUCGCGGAGAGAUGGUUCUGCUGACGAUGAUUGCUCGGCUGGCGGAUGGACUGCCGCUGGCCGCGUCGAUGCAGGAGGACGAGCAGGGAAGUGAAAAGUUGGGUCGGGAUAUUCAGCAGUAUCAGAGUCAAGCUAAGCAGCUAUUCAGGAAACUCAAUGACCAGAGUCCUACCCGCUGUACGUUAGAGGCUGGUUCUAUGGCAUUUCACUAUUAUAUAGAGAAAGGUGUAUGCUACCUUGUGCUGUGUGAUGCCAGCUUUCCCAAGAAACUGGCUUUUGCUUACUUAGAAGAUCUGCAGGCAGAGUUUCAUGAGCAGCAUGGAAAGAAGGUGUCCGUGGUGUCCCGGCCUUACUCCUUCAUUGAAUUUGACACUUACAUCCAAAAAACCAAGAAGUCGUACAUCGACAGCCGAGCAAGAAGGAAUCUGGGUAGCAUCAACACAGAGCUCCAGGAUGUACAGAGGAUCAUGGUGGCUAACAUAGAGGAAGUGCUGCAGAGAGGAGAGGCUCUCUCUGCUCUCGACUCUAAGGCCAGCAACUUGUCCUCCCUGUCAAAGAAAUACAGGAGCGACGCCAAGUAUCUGAAUACCCGCUCCACCUAUGCCAAGCUGGCAGCCGGUGGUGUCUUUUUCAUCAUGCUCAUUGUCUAUGUACGCUUCUGGUGGCUCUGAGAGCAACAGAGACGAAGAAGAGGGAGGAGGUAUUGAAGUGAAAAUGAGCUGCACAGAGUCUGCAGACACUAAGAAAAGCUGUCACCUAUGACUUAGGACAGGAUUCCUGCUCUUAAUAAGACUUUACAAACUUACCACCACCGGCCGUUCUGUUCUCAUCUGUCCAUGGAUGUGUGAUGUGGAUAUAAAUGAUGUCAUAAUACACAGUUUUAUUUUUAACAGUUAUACAGUAAUUCGCUAGUAGUUGCUUUGGAUUUAGGUUAAAAGGAAAUGAGUGAGUGAGUGCGAGCGUGUGUGUAUGUGUGUGUAUGUGUGGGCUGACUGCUUUGAUUUUGAAGAUGAUUUGUAGUGUAGAAAAAUGAAGAGAAAAAAACUUCCUGUUUGUGACUUUCCAAAGCUGUUCUGUAACAGCAGUGGAUGAUUUAAGCGUGUAUACUCAUGGAUAAUCCAUAAGAGAGAAAACAUUACAAUAGACAUAAUACUUGUAUUAUCCUGAGCACAUCAUAUAGGUUUUGCCAUUCAUUAACCCAAUAAUUAUAGUAGUGACUGCUUGAUGGGCCUGGACAACGUGCAGUAUGUAUUCCAUCUACAAAUACAUGAAAAACACCAUUAAUCCUCAGACAGUAAUGGUCUCAGCAAGUACAUAAGCAGAGUAAACUGUUUUGUUUUGAUUUUUUUUAUACUGUGUGGAAGCCUUGCAAAUGCAGUUUCUAGCUGAUUUUUUUUUUUUUGACCACACAAGGGACUAUACAAAAAUUAUUAGGAAGGAAGGGGUGGUCAAAAAAAGGUGGGGGUGUAUUUUUUGCUGAAGAGAGGGGUAGUCUGACAUUUUGGGAGAGAAGGGGUUGAUCAUUAAAGUUUUACUCACAAUUUUAUAUUUCUGCAUGUCCUUCCUAUAUGAUCUAAAUAGGAUCGUAUUGGUGCAAAUGAUGGUUGAUUGUGCAAAGUGGGUCAUGUUACCAUACGCAGAGGGUGGGUGAGGGGCAGCAAAAAGAACUGAUAUGUUGAGAAGGGCCUUGCUUUUUCAAAGACUGAAAUGGAUGAUUCUAUCCCCCUUUCUGCCACAAUAAUUUUCAUACAGUCUCUAACUGUGUGUAUUUAUGCUCUCUUGUACCACAUGACUGUGUGGAGCAGCAGUUGUUUAUAAGCAGGCAUGAAAAAGGGUUUUCUGUCUGGUCAGGUCUUUUUAUUUUGUAUGAAGAUUACACAUGUGUAGACUUGAUUUAAAAGCAAAUUCAAGUUGAGAGUCACAGGUGUUAGAGGCAGCCACUGUCUGUUCUCAGCUGGAAAGGACAUCUUUUUUUUCUGUUCUGUCUGUUAUCUAUGAAUAAAAUCAUUUGCACAAAGCA